AUGGGCUCCGACGGGGUGGACGGAGCGGAUGGCGCGCGGGAAGGCGAUCCGCCCGCGCCGCCGGCCCAGCUAUACGACGCACCGAGCGCGUCCAGCUCUAGUACCAGUCUCCCCUCGAUCGAGGCGCUCGUCUCCCAGCGCCGGCGCUCCUGCGAUGAUACCCCCCAGCGCGACGCAGACCCUCCCAAGCCGCGCGAGGACGAGAAGAAAAAGAGCCGCGUGCCCCGUGGCCCGUCGAGCGUAAUUCAGCAGACGCCAAAAGUGCUCGUGCUUGACUUGGACGAGACUUUGAUUCAUUCCAAGCUGCGCACCGCGCCGCACUGGAGCCUGCUCGGCGCCGGCUACUCGAGCAACGACCCCGAGGCGGUCGGCGCGCGGAGCUCGAGCGGGCUGCUGAGCUUUCUGGGCCUCGGGACGCGCGGCCGGCCGUCGCCCCCUCUCGCCACCGCCGCGCACGCUCGGCUGCAGCCAACGGUGAUCGAGGUGGCGAUCGAUGGCCGGAGCGUCUUUUACCAGGUGUACAAGCGGCCGUGGGUCGACUACUUUCUGCGCAAGGUCGCGUCGUGGUACCAGGUCGUGAUCUUUACCGCGUCCAUGCAAGAGUACGCAGAUCCGGUGAUCGACUGGCUCGACGGCGGCCAAGGGCUCAUUAGCGGCCGCCUCUUUCGCGAGUCGUGCACGCUGCGCGACGGCUCGUACUUGAAAGAUUUAGCAUGCGUCGAGCGCGACCUGAGCCGCGUGUGCCUCGUCGACAAUUCUCCGAUCAGCUACCUCUUGCAAGAAGCCAACGGCAUCCCCAUCGAGGGCUGGACACACGACCCGAGGGACGAGGCGCUCCUCGACCUGCUGCCGAUCCUCGACGGGCUGCGCUAUGCAAGCGACGUGCGGCAUAUAUUAGGACUCCGGGGGUUUCUGUAG